AUGGAAGAGAUGAAUGAGUUUUUUAGUAAAUUGAAGGGUUCAGGUGAGUGUUUUUUGACAUUUGAGAGUACAAACGAUUGCCGUUCAGUUUUGGAACGGUUCCACAACAAGGAGUUCAAGCUGUACCAAUGUGAGGUGGAGCCUGAGAACAUUAUAUGGGAGAAUAUAGGUUACGAGAGUCAUGUAAACAGGAAAGUGUUUGGGAUUUCGAUGGUGACAAUAGCGAUUCUGAUGGCAUAUAUUGUGUUAUUUUUCGUACCCUAUGCAUUUUAUACUAUUACCUCACCUAUGACUCACAUUUUAGAGAUUCUGGUCCUGGGUCUGUUUGUGGAGUUUGGAAAUAUUCUAAUCUCACUGAUUCUAAGGAACUUGAUUGACAAGGCGGGGAUCAUAAACCGAGAAGUGGUUGACAGUUACUUGAUGUUUUGCAAGUAUUUCAUCAGGCUGAUUAACCUAUUUCUCAACGUUGGGUUAUCCCAUUUCAUUAAUUAUGGAGGCAGGAGUAAGGCAUUAUCAUUUUUGGAGCAUAACCCAUAUCUGGAAUCACCUUCAUUUAAGGUAGGAGAGGAAGUAUCAUUUAGCUUGAGCUUUAGUAUUUAUGUUGUCAACGUAUUCGUGUUGAUUCCAAACGCACUUUUCCUUCUGGAACACUAUAUAAUACCCAUUGUUAACUCGUUUCUCGUUUUAACUCUUGAUUUCGAACCUAAAAGAGCAACCAGACUAAUGCAAUACUCGACGUUUAGUCUCUUCAGCUAUUACUCAGACGACAUGUCAAACCUCACCUGCUGUCUUUUACUAUUCUUUUUAAUAAAGGACCAGAAACAAGGUUCACUUGUCUUCCUCUCACUCCUAGUAUCUUAUAUACUCAAUUACGCCAAGUCUCAGUUCAUACUUCUCAGACGCAGUUCCAGGAAACUCUAUUCCACUUGGAGGUUAUCAUAUUUCACCUAUAUCAUGUGGGCCUUUCCCACCUUACUUUUGGCAGUUUGUCCCAGGUAUUGGGACUGGCGAGGCGGAGAGGGUACCAUCAUUUCAAUUUUUAUCAACGCAGUCCUUCACAUUGUAUUAUACACCUUUAUCAUUCACAUUGUUUUCUCCAAAACCUCCACACUCGACACUGAAAUCACUCUCUCGGAAGUCCUCGAGGACAAUUUCUUUAACGGAUUUGAAAUGGAACUUGACUACAAGGCACAUAACCCAGUAUACAAAUUUAAAAAAUUCGCCUCUCAAUAUAAUUUUUUCUAA